UAAUAUACCUGGGCAGCUGGGAAAUCGCGAUCGCAUCACGCGUCUUUUGAAACUCUAUUCACGGGACAUUUCAUAAAAACUUUGAGCCUGACCCUGUUUAACACCACAAACGAAAUAACACAAUAAAAAGGUCCUUCCACCAAAUUUUACAUCUCAUCAUCUCUCAUUCUUUCAUCCUCGUUUUGAGAUUCCAUUCUCUCAUCAAAUGCGCCUAACGUCACCUGACGAAGUUCGCUAUGAGAGUCAACCCCCUGGAAGUUAUCAAAAUAACAAGAUUACGAACUGAUAGUAUUUAAUAAUUUUCCUGGACGGAUAUUGAUUAUUUAUCAAAAGCCUAUUCAACUAAAUCGUGUCUAAACUCGGAUUUUACAGACCGUUCUGCCAUAGGAGGUACCUAUCUUCUAUAUUUUACCUGCUAAACAAUUUCCGAAUUUCGGAGAAUUGAGUGAGAGUUAGUCGGAUGUCCACCUCUAUUGUUUACGAAGGGGACUUGGUCUCCAAGCUGCCAUCCCAACAUGGCUUAUUUAAAAACAUGCAUUUCUGGGUAGGGCAUCGUGUGCCAUCGCGAGUUCGCUACAUUCAAAUGAUUCAGAACAAUGGAGGCAAGAUUGUUCCUCUUGAGAAGAGGGCCGAUUACUUGAUCUCCGACCACCUAAAAAAGCAUGAUUGUCCACCCGGGUCAUAUUCAUAUAAGUGGAUUGAGGAUUCUUGUAAAGAGGGCGUUUUGAAGGACCCUGAAGAGUACUUAUGUGUGCCCGCUCAACGGAGUGCAAAACAACCCUCCGGUUCGGCCGUCUCCGUCUCCGUCCCCGUGAAAAGCACAAGGACGAAAUUUACUGCUGAGGAUGACCGGAUUUUAAGGGAAUGGGUCGCUAUCAAUGAAAGAAAAGGUGAAAGAGUGCUUGGAAAUGAAAUCUAUAAAGCCCUCGAAGCUGAGUAUCCACAUCAUACUUUCCAGUCAUGGCGAGACCGGUGGGUCAAGAAGUUACAAUAUCAGCCUCCGCUCCACGAGCCUCGUAGAACGCCAUCUCCCCCUCCAACUAGGCGAACAGCUGAGAGUUCAGUCCAUGCUCCCCCAAAGACUCCUGGAUCCCUUGGGAGGCGUGUGCCAGCUCGGGGUGUUGCCACCAUCGAGGGGCGAGCUAAGUUUACUGAAGAGGACGACGAGCUGCUCAUGCAACAUAUGGCGGAAUACAUACGCCACGGCAAGCCGACUCAAGGAAUAAAGCCUUUUCGCGAGCUUGCUCAUGACUUCCCGCAACAUACGGAACAAUCAUGGAGGAGCCGCUGGGUUCAGCAGCUUGAGCCAAAAUGGAGGAAGCAAAUUGCUCGAGAGAAGCUCGAAAGAGAACCGGAAGAAGUAUCAGAAGAGGAACCAGAAGAGGGACCAGAAGAGGAACACGAAGAUACAUCAGAAACGGGACAGGACACCAGAAUGGGAAUAGAAAAGCCUCAUGAAGUAUCGAUACCGCAGGACAGGCCGCGGAUACACAGCUCGUCGCGUUCCGCUAAUAAAGCAUCGACAGCAGCUAAUAAUAACCUCGUCGGUGAUAAAAUCAAAGACCGCCGGGAUGAUGACGCCGAGUUCCAGGCAACAUCACAAGCCUCUGUACAGGAACCAGCAGAAAUGGCGGCCGACUCUGAACAAACGUUUCCUGAUGAACCAUCUAUGAAGGAGCAAUUCCUUCGUGACUACCAGGCAUAUUUGGAAAGCAAAGGACAUCGAUUAAUACCAUGGCUCACGAUAAAAGGACGUACUUUUGACGUUUGGAGCUUAUGGUCAGCCGUAGCCUCUCAGAACAUGGAUCCCAGUGAGCGCGACUGGCAGCAAAUUGCAGAGGAACUCGGAUUCGACUGGGUUCAACAUGAAACUGUUCAUGAUGAGAUACGAAAAUGUUACGAAGAAUAUCUGGCCGAGUUUGAAGAAAUGUGGGAGAGUUUUAAUGCUGAUGCAGAGAGUGGUAGCGAGGACGAUGAAGAUGACAAUGACGAUGAAGACGGAGAUGAAGAAGCUGAAUUAAGUACCGAAGAGCCUUUACCUUUAUUGUCGAUCAUUCCGUCUCGGAAACGGCCAUUUGAUGCGCAACACUCGCUGUCAGAUCAUGCGUAUCCCGAGCCGUCACCCAAGCGACGAAAAAUUGAUCGAGGCACCGAAAUUCCUUCUACUCCUGAUCAUAAGAACCGGACAUCUAAUCAGCGCUCCCAAGAUAGUAAUGAAACACCACUUGGCGUUAGACGGUCCACCAAGCGCGCUAUGGACGAUAGAACGGAAAAGAACAAGUCUCGAAAUGCUGACCCUGAACUUCCGGUCUUCGAAACGCAGGGGAAUUUUCAUUUGGAGUCACAAUAUAAUAUUACCCCGUCACAGCAGCUUCAUCAAGAGUCUGAUGCAAUCUCUCUAGAUCUUGCAGGUGCAUCACCUACGCCUAAGGCUAGGACUGGAGUUGCGAAUGUAGGGAACACUACACCGAAAAGAUUAAUCCGAAACCCUUUCCAGGAGGAUUCCGACGAUGACGCGGUAGGAGUCACUACCACUAACCAUAACAAUGAUACUUUUGCGAAAGUUGCUAGCACAAAAGCUAAACGCCGUUCUUUGCCAAACUCUUACGCUCAAAAGCCUUUAGCUACUAUAGGUGCUUCUACUUCAGAGGCUCCUAGAGACCGUGCUGGACCCUCACGGCCGGAGCGAGUCCGACCUUCGCGUCGCUUAACCUCGCCCAAAGAAACGCCGGAAGACGUCAUUGAUCGUUUCUGUUCACUAGGGUAUCCGAGGGAGAUAGUGCUCCAAGCUCUACGGGCCACGACGUGGCGCCUUGGCGAUGCUGGUCAGGUCAUGGAAAUACUGAAACGAGGCGAAGAGUUGCCACAGAGAACCCGCGGGGUUUGGACAGAGCGCGAUGAUGACGCGUUAAAGUUGGUAACAUCGGACGAGCGUCAAUUGAAUGAUAAGGAGAAGAGGAAGCGCGCAAGGGCCAAGGAGCGACUAGAGAAGAAACACGGGCUAGAAUUGAUGGAGCUUCGACGCAAGUACCUAUGGGAAGUUGUGUGAUACAGGGCAGUUCUCGUAUACGGUAUACUAUGUCUGCACGUACCUGAGGUGCUUGACGUCAAGGUCUAGUCUGAGCAUUAAUAUGAAUACAAAUGUACAUGUCCACGAACAUGAACUUAAUACAAACUUAAAUGGUGCUUUACGCUAUUGGAGGGCGAAGACUAAACUUGGGAACCGGACACCCUAUAGGUAUCGGAUUAUAGUUGAGGCAACGUCAACUGGUGUUAUUAAAGGAGACUACUAUAAAGUUUAAUGCUUCAAGCCUUCGCCUCCUACCUCUGAAAAUAUAAAUAUCUGGUUGCUUUCUUU